CAAAGGAUUAUUAUAUAGCAAACAGAUAUUUUGCUUGUCAUGACAAUAUGACAAAAUGGGAACUUUAUCUCUCCUCCCUCUCUCCCUCUGCACUCCACUGCGACCCCGUCCGGCCUCUUCACAAACCCAUCUCUGCAACCCCGUUUCCUGGCCACUCGUCUCUUUAACUUAUCCGACGCGAAGAAGACUUCGCAGCAAAAAUGUUGUCUUUGGCAGCAAUUCGAUUGACCCAAAAGAGUCUGAGUUCUUGGAUGAAAACGGAGUUGUUGAUGAUAUGGAUGGCUACAUGAACUACCUUUCUCUUGAAUAUGAUUCUGUUUGGGACACAAAGCCAUCCUGGUGUCAGCCAUGGACAAUUACACUGACUGGAGUGCUGGUGAUUGGUGGUAGCUGGCUUAUUCUGAAAUUUGGGAUAGAGCUGUAA